AUGGAUUCACUAAAUGCAUCUAAGAACAUGAAACACAAAAAUCAUAGGACUUUUGCAUUUAAUGAAAGGAAAACCAACAAAAAAUACCCACUUCAAUCUUUGAUAAAUCAAGAACAUCGUGGAAUAGUAAAUGAUCUUGAUCAAAUUGUGAGAAAGCAAGAAGAGAUUCAUUUGGGUUUUUGCCAAAAGUAUAGACCUAAAUCCUUCAAGGACUUUAUCGGACAGAAUAUUGUAAGAAAAUACCUUAUAAAUGCAAUAGUGAAACUAAAGAUUGCUCCCUUAUAUCUUUUCUAUGGACCAAGAGGAACAGGGAAAACGUCUGCUGCAAGAAUUUUUGCUUCAGCAUUGAAUUGUUCAUCUCCGAACAGGAAAUCAAAACCCUGUUGUGAAUGCAGUGAAUGCUGCCUUUGCUUAUCUGGGAAAAACCCUCAUAUCGUAGAACUGAAUGUAGCUAGCAGUGAUGCUAGUGAAAAGCUGAAAUUAUGCUUUGAGACUGUAAAAUCCAAUAAUGUAACUUCUGGGUGCAGGGUUUUUAUUAUAAAAGAUUGCCAGCAACUGAGUCCUGAAGCCUGGAACAAUGAAAUCCUGAAAUGCAUGGAAAAUCCUACGGAUUAUGUGGUGUUUAUUCUGAUCACAGUAGAUUUAGAAUUGGUUCCAAAAGCAGCAAUAACGAGAUGUCAGAAGUUCUACUUCCAGAAGCUUAGGGAUGCAGAUAUCUCCAAUAUGCUUGAGAAUAUAGCAGUUGCAGAAAAGAUUAAUAUUGAAGAUAAGGCAUUGUAUUUAAUCACAGAAAGAGCAGGUGGGUCAUUACGAGAUGCAGAGAUAGCAUUAGAACGGAUCAGCUUUCUUUCAUCUACAGUUACAGUCUCAAGGGUUUUCCAAACGCUACUACAUUUACUUGAGUUUGCCUUAUCAGGUGACAAGGAGAAUACAGUGAGAUGUACAAGAGAGAUAAUUGAUUGUGGAGUCAAGCCACUGACCCUUGUUACACAGUUAGCAGCACUUGUUAAGGAUGCUCUGAUUAAUAGUUGUCUCUCAACUGAGGCACAAGAAAACCAAUAUUCAUUUGGAAUGCCUUACUCAUCCAUCAAUAGAACAGAGAAGUUAGGCCGCGCUUUGAAAAUCCUUUCAGAGGUAGAAAAGCAACUGAGGGUUUCUAAUAAGUGCAUUUCUUGGCUCACAGCAGCCCUUUUACUGUUUGUAUCAGUUGAGCUGAAUUCAAAUUCCCACUCAAUUGUGGACACAGAGAUAGAUGAGAAGGAUUCAGCUUAUGAAGACAAAAUAACCUGUCAUUAUACUGAUCAAUCGAAUCAGUAUGAAGCUCCAGACACAAGUCUCUCUGCAUCUAAAGUCAAGACAAUUGAAGCGAAAAAUUCUGGAAUAGUAGAUUCACUUGAUAAAGGAUAUGAAUUUCCCCAGAACAUAACUAACCGUAUCUGCAAUUUUGAUAUGUCUAAACCAGUUCACUUCCAUGAUAUUGAAAAUUAUUUCCCAAUACGAUCUCCAUCUCCAAACUGCACAAGUGAAACAGGAAAACUGGAUCUCAAUCCAAUGAGCCCAUGCAAAAUGGAGGAGAUAUGGCAAAUUGUGCUGAAAAAUAUUCAGUUUACAACUCUCGAGGACUCGGUACAAGGUCAAGCAAAGCUGGUGUCCUUGCUGGAAUGCAAAGAUUAUAAUGAGGAAAUUGCUUCCGAGUUCAUCCAUUCAUUCAAUCAAGGGAAAGAUUCUAUCAAAGGAUUAAGGGAAGGAGAACCGUUUCCUGAAUCAAAGGAUGCAAGAAGCGCUAGAGCAGAAAUUGCGCACCCCACAAAUGGACCUCUAACAAUGGACAAGCAGGGAGCCAGAUGA